AUGGCUUCUUUACAUGAAGCCCUUUUCUCUUCUCCGCUUCAAUUCCCUUCAUCUUCCUUUCGUUGUGCUCUUCCGACCAUCUCCAAUCUCUCAUCACCAGCCGCGAAGUUUUGUGGGAUCAAAUCGACCCGGUUUCUUAAACGGAGUUCUAGGACCAAAGUGACGGACUUUUGUCUUUCUUCCUUUUCACGAAGAGGGUUUGUAUGUAGAGCUGCAGAGUAUAAGUUCCCGGAUCCCAUACCCGAAUUCGCCGAAGCUGAGACUGAGAAAUUUAGGGAGCAUAUGGCAAAGAAACUAUCCAGGAGGGAUCUUUUUGAUGGCUCUGUUGAUGAAAUUGUCGGAAUCUGCACUGAGAUCUUCGGGACGUUCUUGCGCAGUGAGUAUGGAGGACCUGGAACACUCUUGGUCAUACCCUUCAUCGACAUGGCAGAUACUCUCAAUGAAAGGGAAUUACCUGGAGGUCCACAAGCCGCACGAGCAGCUAUUAAAUGGGCUCAGGAUCAUGUAGACAAUGACUGGAAGGAAUGGACCGGUACUGAUUAG